AUGGCUGGAUCACUAAUGCACGAGAAUAUAAUUAAAAAACUUAUUCUCAAGCUCCAACGAUGUAACAGUAUAAAGCAACUCAAGCAAAUCCAAGCCUCAAUCACCACCACCAUUGGCUUGCAAAGUUCCCUGUUCUCCAUAACCAAAUUGAUAGAAUUUUGUGCAUUAUCGCACCAUGGAUGCUUGGACUAUGCUCUCAUACUUUUUGAUCGAAUCAAAUGGCCCACGACCUUCCUCUUCAAUACGGUCAUCCGUGGAUUUGCGAUCAGAGCCGUUCAUCCCUGCCAUGCCAUCUCCUUGUAUAGGAGAAUGCUGUACUCUGGUUGCAAGCCUGAUACAUUUACAUUCCCCUUUCUUCUCAAAGCUUGCUCCAGUUUUCAAUCGGAAAAGAAAAUGGGAGAUGCCCAUUUUAUGAAUUCAGUCUUGUCUGUUGAAAUGCUGAAUAACCAUUUGGUUUCUGCUAAAAUGGUGCAUACCCAUGUGGUGAAAAUGGGGUUUCAUGACCUAUCAACCAUGAAUUCUCUGAUUCAUGGUUAUUCUUGUUGUGAUAGUAUGGAGCGUGCGCGCCAGGUGUUUGAUGAAAUGGGUCAGAGAGAUGUUGUUUCAUGGAAUUCAGUGUUAGCUGGCUAUGCCAGGAAUCAUUUGCAAAGACAAGCUUUAGAUCUAUUUCUGAUAAUGCCAUUAGAACCCAACGAGACGACUGCUCUGAUAGUUCUCUCUGUGUGUUCGGUUUUGGGUGAAGUUAGCAUUGGAAGGAAGAUUGAAACUAGAUUCAGGCAAAACCAACCUGAAUUGAGCAUUAGUUUGAUGAAUUCUCUCAUUGAUCUCUAUGUAAAAUGUGGUGAUUUAGGGCAUGCAAGGCGCCUCUUUGAUGAAAUGCCAGCUAGAAAUCUAGUAUCAUGGAAUAUCCUCAUUGAUGGUUAUAUAAACAGUGGGAAGAUUGAAAUGGCUCGUCACCUUUUCGAAAGAAUGCCUGACAGAGAUAUAAUAUCUUGGACCUCAAUAAUCUCUGGUUACAUUCGAAUGGGAAACUCUGACGAGGCAUCAAAGCUAUUUGAACAUAUGCUCGCAUCUGGCCAAAAGCCCGAUGAAAUUGCCCUCUUGACCAUUUUAUCAUCGUGUGCUAAUACUGGAUCAUUCGAGUUUGGCAGGUUUAUACACACUUGGGUCGAUAGGAUUGGUAGCGAAAACAGGUAUAAAAAUAUAGUCCCCUUAGGCAAUGCACUAAUUGACAUGUACUCGAAGUGCGGGUGCGUGAGUGAAGCUCUCACAGUCUUUGAUAAAAUGGCUCAAAAGAAUGUUAUUUCAUGGAAUUCAAUGAUUUCAGGUUAUGCAAAUAAUGGUUUGGGCCAAGAGGCUUUGGACUUGUUCUCAAAAAUGCGUCAGGCCCAUGUUAAACCCAAUGGACCCACCUUUAUUGGGGUCCUCUCGGCUUGUAGCCACACUGGGCUCAUUAGCGAGGGCCUGGAGUGCUAUGAGCUCAUGAACCAGGUCUAUGGUAUAAGCCCCACGGUUAAGCAUUAUGGGUGCAUGGUGGACCUAUUGGGUCGAGCUGGGCUUCUUGAGAAAGCCCAUGGGCUUGUUAAGGCCAUGCCAUUAAAGGGCGAUGCGUGUAUAUGGCGCACACUUCUUGGUGCAUGUGUCAUGCAUGGUGAUGUAGAGAUGGCCGAGAGUGUCAUUAUGGAAAUAUCAAAGAUUGGACCUGGAUAUGGUGGAGAUUAUGUGGUUAUGGCAAAUUUGUAUGCCAGCAAGGGGAGGUGGGCUGAUGCUGAGAGGGUGAGGAAGUUAAUUGAUGAGAGAAGAACUGGGAAGACCCCUGGUUGUAGUUUUAGGGUUUAA